AUUAAAGCUGCACUACCUUUAGUAGCCUCUCGGUGUAAAUACCUCUGGCCCAGUAGUGUUUGCAUGAUUGUGAGUAAUCAUAUUUUACAGCCAGCAGAAUAUCUUACGGCUCUGAUUUGUGAUUUCAAUUGAUGACAAACACAGCAUUGAAAUUGUUUUUGAUUUGGAGAAACAAUUUAAAGUAGAAUUACUCCACCAAGGAGUUAUGUGUCUGCAUGUGUCUGUCUGUCUGUCUGUGCACAUUACUCAAAAACGAAACAACAGAUUUGGAUGAAAUUUUCAGAGAAGGUCAGAAAUGACACGAGAACCACCUCAUUAUAUUGAGGUAGUGAUGUGGCUUAUAGUCUGUAUCCACAGAUUUGUUAAAGAUUCCUGUAUCAUAACGAGAAAGCGGCACAGCAUCAUGGCAUUUCCUCUGAGUUUAUUAAAUACCUGCUGCAACAUCAGACAACAGUAUGAUCCAUAUGUGCUUCUCAAGUAGCACAAUUAUAAGCACAGUGGAUCAGUCUGUGCUUAUAAUUGUGCUACCUGGAGUCUUUAGAUAUGAUAUGAUAUAUGAUAUGACAUGACAUGAUAUGAUAGCAUAUUUUAAAACAACCUGAGCUGACCAAGGUGCUGAAAAUGUUAACAGUCAGGUAGCAACAAAGGAAUGCAAAAAACAAUCGUGUUAAAGAGAAUAAAACAUAUUGAAAAAGGCAAAACAAGAAAAUGAUUAAAAGAAUCAAAGUAUAAAAUAAAAUAAACAUAUUUCUUUAAAAAAAAUAGGACCAUUAACAACUACUGAGAGCAAUCAAAAACAUCCACUUGUUGAUAUUUCUCUCAGAAAUGUCAACUUUUUAUUGCAUUAUUAUGGAUUAAACCACUGUAUAUAGUGGACACACUUUACAUUCUAACGUCAUUCAUUACAUCUGUAAACACAUCUGUCCCGAAUUAUGCCAUUUGCACAUCUAAGCACACUCUCAUUGCACAUUCGGUUCAUUUGCACAUUUCUGUAUCACUUUUGUAUACUGUAUGUUUUUCUAUAUUAUAUUUUCUAUAUUUUGAUUUUAUUUUACCUACACUUUAAACCUGACCCUAAUAUUCUGUGUUGUCUUAUUGUUUACCCCCUUGUUGAAUACCCAGCUGCUGUCACAACACAGCCAUUCUAUUCUAUUCUAUUCUAUUCUAUUCUAUUCUAUCAUAUAUUCCCUCUGGAGAUUAAUAAAGUCUGUCUAAGUCUAUUAUACAUGACUUGGUGUGUUCUCUAAUAUUGUGCGAAUGACAAAUAUUGAAAAAUAUUGCAUUAAAAUUAACAUAACACUGAGCUACGUGUGGAUAAGUAUAAAUUCCGCCACUUUAACGGAACCAUGAAGCCGGAACUGUUCUCCUGUGUCAACGUGAACGGUGCAGCGCUGAUCCUUAGCCUGACAGGCAGCACCGAGGGUCAAAAAGCUUCAGCCGCCUUCAGCUCUUCUCACACUUCCUGAUUCACCUCAGUUACUUUUUGAAGUUCAGACUUUAACCAGCGGGGUUGAGAAUGAGCCAAAGUCGGAGGUUCACGUUGUCUCUCGUGAACUUUCAUCCACAAAUCCCCGUUUUGACGAAGGACUUCACCAGCAGCCUGAAAUGACUUCUACGAGCGAGGCGGCGGUAUAGAGAAAUAAUAAUAAUAAAACUAGUACUUAUAAUAAAGCCGGGAACCAGAAGCAGCAUCAUGCCCGACGUGUCCAAGAUGAAGAAGCCCGACGUGAAGUUGGUCCUACUGGGGGACAUGAACGUGGGGAAGACGUCGCUGCUCCACCGGUACAUGGAGAGGAAGUUCAAGGAGACCGUCAGCACCGUCGGAGGGGCGUUUUUCCUCAAACAGUGGGGACCCUACAACAUCUCAAUAUGGGACACGGCCGGCCGGGAACAGUUCCACGGUUUGGGCUCCAUGUACUGUCGAGGGGCCGCCGCCGUCAUCCUCACUUACGACGUCACCAACUGGCAGAGCCUUGCCGAGCUGGAGGAGCGUUUCCUGUCCCUGACUGACACCGCUAACCAUGACUGCAUCUACGCCAUAGUGGGCAACAAGGCCGACCUGACGGACUCUAAAGCUCACCUGCCCCAGGCCUCAGACAAACCAUCUGAGGACCAAACUGAGUGUGAGGACGAGAGGACUGAACCACAGGAGUUGCCUGCUUGCCCAACACCCCCAGCUUCCCCCAAGUCCCUCUCUGGCGUGAUGCUCCACAAACAGGUAGCACACGAGGACGCCAUGGCUCUUUAUGGGAGAAUACUGCGCUACAAGGGCCUGGACGAAAAGAGCAGCCUGCCAGCAGAGAAAAUGUGUUUCGAGACGAGCGCCAAGACUGGCUACAACGUGGACGCUCUGUUUGAGACGCUGUUUGAUCUGGUGCUGCCCUCCAUCCUGAGGAAGAGAAACGAGAACCAGGAGUCGUCCACCGUGGAUCUGGAGGACUAUAGGGGGGUAAACCGCAAGAAGGGCAAAUCUGCCUGCUGCUAGUGGCUAAAGAAGUGAGGAGGCUUCGUUUUUAACCAGGGACAAUCAGCAGGUUGGUCUGAGCACCAAGUAUAUACUGUGAUGGUACUACUUUAUGGUUUGAGUGGGACCUAACUGCAUUAAUGACCACUUGGUAACACUCACAUACUUGUACAUUCUUGAUGAUGUGAAGGCGGUCAGGAAAAGCAAAUAGAGUUCAUAGUGCCUAGAGAAAUUUCAAGCAUUUCUUUGUACGGAAGGGAGAUGAAUGCACAUCGCAUUGUCACUCUAUGCUCUGAAACCUUCCACUCUAACGACUGAAACUGCACUUAAAUCCCAAAGAUGUGUCUGUGUGCAAACCAAACAGACGAGAAGUCAAUCACUGCUCUUUGUAUUUGUUUUGCUUUGACAAUUUCACACACUUAACAGCACUAAUUGCUAGCUGGGUGGCAUGUUGCACUGUGUUUAAUAUAGUUGGAUUUCAAGGUUUUUCAAGAAUCACAUUUCACUUUAAUGCUCUGUUACUAGCAGUGAUACUGAUCUUUGUAUUUUAUUCGCACUUUUGGAGCUUUUUUUAAUGAGUGUAAAAUGCCCUCGUUGAAUUUUUAAGCAUGUUGUCAUAAUAAAGAUUUUUAUUUUGCA